GAGAUUUAGGGUUUAUUCACUUUUCUCCCCUUUGGAGAAAUUUGGAAAUCUAGGGCUCUAGGAAGCGAUGGGGAGAAUGAAGCCGGCAGCGCUGCUCCAGCAGAGCAAGCGCAAGAAAGGCCCGUCGCGGCUCAGCCUCCCCACCAUCAUCUCCUGCAACGUCGUCGUCGUCUUGCUCUUCCUCUCAGUCCUGGCGCUUCACAGGCACAGCCAGAGCGGCAGCAGCAGCGGCAAUCGGAGUCGCCAGGGCAUUGGUCGGAAAGAAAAAUUUGGCAUGGAUCUUCCCAAGUAUGCGUUGAUGAACACAACCAAAGGUGUCAUCGUUUUGGAGCUCUUCCGCGACGAAGUUCCCAAAACCGUGGAGAACUUCGCAGUGCUUGGGCAGCAAGGAUAUUACGACGGUGUCAAGUUCCACCGAGUCAUCAAGGAUUUCAUGAUCCAAGGUGGUGAUCCCAGCGGAGAUGGAAGAGGAGGCGAGUCCAUUUGGGGUGGAUCCUUCGAAGACGAGUUUAGACCCAACUUGAAGCACGAACCAUUCACGCUGUCCAUGGCAAACUCUGGCCCGGACUCCAAUCGCUCCCAGUUCUUCAUCACAACCGUGGAGACUCCACACCUGGACAACAAGCACACCGUGUUUGGACGCGUUGUGCGUGGCCAAGACGUUGUCAAGGAAAUAGAAGCCCAAGAAACUAACUCGGAAAAUCGACCCUUAGUUCCCGUUACCAUUCACAGUGUACGAGUCGGCAACGAUCUUGCUUAAAUUUUUUUUUCCGCGUGUAUUGUGAUUGCGAUGAAUCUUACCAGCCGAGGUGGCAAA